ACACAUACAUGGGGUGUGCUACACCAAGAAAAACAUAUAUCCGACCCCCAAAAGGAAGAAGAAGAGCAUACAUCCAUGGCUAAAGCAUCCAUGGACAUGCUUCAACUCUCCUGCAUCCAAAUAACCAUAGCCUUGCUCUUGUUCACUCAAGCCAAGAGCACCACAAAGGAGAUAUCUGCCCUGCAUCCAGACGAUGCGGUCCCCAGCUGUGUCGCCGGUGAGAGGUCUGCCCUUCUUGCCUUCAGGGCAGGCUUAUCAGACCCUGGUAACCUCCUUUCGUCAUGGAAGGGCGAUGACUGCUGCCGAUGGAAGGGUGUCUACUGCAGCAACAGAACCAGUCAUGUUGUCAAGCUCGAUCUCCAAGGCUCUGAUGAUUACAGGCAGGCGCUAGCAGGCAACAUAAGCUCCUCCUUGCUUGGUUUACAACAUCUACGCUAUCUCGAUCUCAGCGACAACGGGUUUGACAAGAUACAAAUACCGGAGUUCAUGGGUUCUCUCCAUCAGCUGAGAUAUCUCGACCUAUCAAGCUCACAGUUCAUUGGAAGGAUACCACCGCAGCUGGGAUGGAUUGGGGAGAAGCUAUCAUCUUUGUCAUUCUUACGACUGAGAUCCAAUAUGUUUCAUGGUCAAAUUCCAGUCGAGCUUACGAAGCUUGUUGAUCUUCAAUAUCUGGACCUUGCCUACAAUAACUUAUCAGGGAGCGUACCGAGAUCUAUUGUUAACUGUACAGGCAUGACACAAAGAAGAGACAAUGAUGAUCUUCGGGAUGCAUUCUCUGCUGGAGUAUAUUCGGCUGGCAAUUACCUAGUUGACUAUACCGAGAAUUUAACAGUACUGACGAAAGGUCAAGAGAGAUUAUAUACAGGAGAAAUCAUAUAUAUGGUGAAUCUUGAUUUUUCUUGUAAUAGUCUUAUGGGAGAGAUUCCCGAAGAAAUCAGCGCUCUUGUAGCAUUGAAGAGCCUAAACUUAUCAUGGAACAAAUUCAAUGGAAAAAUCCCUGAGAAUAUCGGCGCCUUAAUGCAGGUGGAGUCACUUGACCUAUCGCACAAUGAUUUGUCCGGUGAAAUCCCUUCAAGCUUAUCGACUCUCACAUCACUGAGUCGCUUGAACCUGUCCUACAACAAUCUGAGAGGAAAGAUACCGACAGGAAAUCAACUGCAAACACUUGAGGACCCUGCAUCUAUUUAUAUCGGCAACCCGGGCCUUUGCGGUUCUCCUCUCUCAUGGAAUUGUUCACAUCCCGAGCAAGUUCCAACUACCAGAGAGCGCAAGGGGGAUGCAAUGAGCGACAUGGUUUCGUUUUCCCUCGCCACCGGGUCUGGAUAUGUGAUGGGUCUGUGGGUGGUCUUUUGCACCUUCUUGUUCAAGAGGAGAUGGAGAGCUGCUUGGUACUCGCUGUGCGACAAUUUGUAUGACCAUGUUUAUGUGCAAGUGGCUGUUACCUGGGCUUCCUUUAGAGGUAGAAUUAAUGGGUAGAAGCUGAGAUGAGAUCACCAGCACUGGCUCUUUGUUUGCUCUCAUGUACUUUAAUAAACGCUUUGGAGAUUUUUCAUGAAUGUA